AUGUCGAGAAGACCAUCCCUGCAAGCUCCGCAACGGCGGCGCAGCUCGACGGGCCAGCAUGCCGAGAGCGACGCAGCGCUGGCAAAGCUUGGUUACCAGAGCGAGCUGCCCCGGAACUUGUCCAUGCUAAGUGUCUUGGGCCUAUCGUUUGCCAUCAUGGCCGUGCCGUUCGGCCUUAGCACGACUCUCUACAUCACCUUGACCGAUGGCCAGGCCGUGACCAUCCUGUAUGGUUGGAUCUUCGUCUCGAUCGUUUCACUGAGCAUCGCUGCUUCGCUGGCUGAGAUAUGUGCUGUAUAUCCGACCGCCGGAGGCGUGUAUUACUGGUCGGCGAUGCUGGCGACCAAGGAAUGGGCGCCGAUGAUAUCCUACGUUGACGGCUGGCUGACCUUGAUUGGGAACUGGACGGUGACCCUGAGCAUCAACUUCUCAGGAGGCCAAUUGAUCCUGUCUGCCAUCUCUCUGUGGAACGAAGACUUUGUCCCCAACGCCUGGCAGACGGUGCUGAUGUUCUGGGCGGUCAUGCUGAUCUGCGCCAGUGUCAAUGCUUUUGGAUCGAAAUAUCUGAACCUCAUCAACACGAUUUGCAUCUACUGGACCGGAGCCAGCGUGAUCAUCAUCCUCGUUACCGUUUUGACCAUGGCCGAUGACAAGCGCAGCGCCAAGUUCGUCUUCUCGCACUUUGACGCAUCCGCUUCAGGGUGGCCCAGUGGGUGGGCGUUCUUCGUGGGGCUCUUGCAAGCUGCGUACACUCUGACCGGGUACGGGAUGGUGGCGAGCAUGUGCGAGGAGGUGCAGAACCCUCACCGAGAAGUCCCCAAGGCCAUCGUCCUGUCCGUCGCAGCCGCCGGGCUUACGGGGAUCAUUUACCUCAUUCCCAUUCUCUUCGUUCUCCCAGACGUUGCGACCUUGCUCGCCGUCGCGAACGGCCAGCCGAUCGGACUCCUAUUCAAGACCGUGACAGGUUCUGCAGCCGGCGGCUUCGGGUUACUGUUCCUCAUCCUGGGAAUCCUCUUCUUCGCGGGCAUUGGCGCCCUGACGGCCGCUUCACGCUGCACCUACGCCUUUGCGCGGGACGGCGCGAUCCCGGGCUCGAAGCUGUGGUCGCGCAUCGACACGAAACUCGACGUCCCACUGUGGGGCCUCGUCCUCUCUACCGUAGUUGACUGCCUCCUCGGCCUCAUCUACUUCGGCUCGACGGCCGCCUUCAAUGCCUUCACCGGCGUCGCCACCAUCUGCCUCAGCACCAGCUACGGCAUCCCGAUCCUCGUCAGCGUGCUCCGCGGCCGCAAGGCUGUCCGGCACUCGACUUUCAGCCUGGGCAAAUUCGGAUUCUUUAUUAAUAUCGCCACGUUGUGCUGGAUCUGUCUUGCGGUGGUGCUUUUCUGCAUGCCUGUUGCGAUUCCGGUCACCCCGACGAGUAUGAACUAUGCCAGUGUGGUGUUUGCUGCGUUUUCAAGUGUGGCAAUUACGUGGUAUUUUGUCAGUGCGAGGAAGAGCUUCAAAGGGCCUCCCGUCUUGAAUGAUGUCCAGCCCGAAGAGGGUGUUGCGGUCGCGACACACAGUCCGAGACGUGGUGAGGCUGAGAAUGGUUUGAAGGAUGGAAUGUCGGACGAAACUGAACCCGAGAAGCCGUAG